AGCUGUCAAUUCGCAUGAGGCUAGGUUCGCAAAACGUCAAAGCAUAUCGAACAGCGGCCCUCCCGUCAUUGUCACCGGCACCCCACCCCAUGCGCUGUUGAGCUUCGGCAUCCUUUCUAACCUUUCCUUGCCCACCCGGAAGGGCAAGAUAGAAGAGUGGACGCCAAAGCUCGCCUUACCGCUUUGUCUCCUUUUGCAAUCCCAAAGACUCUUUCCCUCAAUGCCUACGACACUCUCAAAUUCUAGUCGACGUCACCGAACACAUCCCUGCUCGUCCUCGAAACCUCCUCCCACUCCUCUCCUUCGAAAGACCUUCGAGUCGCUCGUCAAUCCUCCAAGAAGCCCCUCGAGGACUUCCAAGCCCAUCAGUCCGAAUCAAGCCAUCUCUCCAAGAAAAAACGCAGUCUUGUUAAAAAUCUUGAUUGCUUGCCUGCCUUCUUUGCAAACACAGAGAGAGAUGUCAAUUACGCCCGUCGCGUUAUGUACACAAGUAGUCCGCUACCCCACGACCGACCCACCCUUUUCCUCUCUCACUUGUCUCCAAAAGAAAAAUGCGAACCUUGAACGAAACCAUUUCCACAUGGUGAUGACGCAGCCUAGCGUGCUUGCAACGGUCAAAAGUCAUGAGUGCAGGAUAUCGUCUGGUUGACGUGAGGUAAUCGUGAAUAGUAGUACUGCUGCAUGCCACUCGCUCGUUGGUGAAGCCUGGCAGAACUUACCAGCGACGCUACCUAGCUGUCUCGUCAU